AUGUAUACAAUCAAUAAGGUGUUACCUGGAAUUUUCAUUGGAAACUACGAUGCAGCCUCAAAUAUAGUUUUGCUUCAGCAUCAUGAAAUAACUCACAUUUUAAUUGUAGGCGAAGGUUUAGCGCAGCGUUUCCCAAAUAACUACACUUACAAACAAAUUAACAUUUACGAUCUUGCAUCAUGCAAUAUUCAUCAAUAUUUCGAAGAGUGCAAUGAUUUUAUAACAAACUGCCUGAAGCAAAAAGGCAAAAUUCUUAUUCAUUGUGAUACUGGAAUUUCAAGAGCUCCCACAAUUUUAAUUGCAUAUUUAAUGAAGACGAAAAAUAUUGGAUUUACACAAGGGCUGGAGAUCGUGAAAAAGAAGCACCCAGAAGCACAGCCAAACAAUGGGUUUGCGUCACAGCUUUUACAGUAUCAGAACAGUCUAGAAGCACUGAGUAAAAGAGAUGGAAUGAAAAAUGAUAUAUGUUCGUGUAUAGUGAUUUAA